AUGGCAACAUGUGGUCGCGAAACAAAGAUUUUGCUUCAGGACGAAGCAGCUUUUAUUACUGCGGUCAUAGCCCACGCCCUUGGAUACGGUAACAACCCAGGGCCGUUGAGUGAAGGUCUGGCAUGGGAUCAUCAGUUUAUAGCCUGUGUGAGCUCAUCAUUUCCCGUCACUGAGGCUGUUCAACCGCGAAGCAUCUGUGUCCAUCGGUUCCCUCACCAUUUCUCUGGCUCCCCAUCAUUAGCGAUCAAGCUGUACAACGAAGUGAACGCUUGGCGACUAGGAAUCCGAAUGACGGCUGGUGGAUUCGCGUCGCACAAGCCGGCUAAAGGGAGCGUCGCAAUCAACUAUUUGGUGAUCCGGUUUCCUGUGGAAAGCGGGGAUCCGCUUAACUCCAUGUCCGCCUCUUGCACUUGUCAACUUUACUUCAUCUCGAGACCAGUGUGUUGA